AUGAAUAACACAAUACAAAACAAUAACAAUAACAAAAAACAAACAGCAAAAGGCCAGCAGGGGAAACCUAUGCUGGCUGAUUGCAAACAGUCGACUGUCCAACCUUCUGGUGACAGUUUGACUAAAAGCAGCGAGGUAGCCUUGGACUUUAAGCCAAGCACCUCAAAAGCUGCAUUAGCCCUCGCUGGUAAUAUACCAGCAACAGCCCCUGCAUUGGACACUGUCGAGAAGACAGUUGUCCCUGCGAAAAUGCUACAGGUUGGAUCGUCGAACCAGAAGUCGGGUCCAACCACCGUAGCCCCACCCGCCACUACGGCAGAACCGAACGCCCCCAUUCGCAAAGAACCAUCCAGGAGGGCUUUCGUGCAAAGGCGUGCCGCCAUGCGCAUUAUCGACCGGCUUGGAUCCAAGUCGGCCGAUGCGCUUAACAUCGACGAAUUGUCGAAACUAAGUUGGGCUAAGGCUCAACUGGCUGAACUGGACAGCUCAAACACUCCUCCAAGCGCAGAUGCAGCGAACCAAGGCGCAUCUGCUGGGCCCAAACGGCAACGCUCAGAGGAGGAGCUGCUCCAGCAGCAAAACACACAGCCGAAGACUAAACGUCCGAAGCAAGAGGCUCGUGUGAUAAGAAGGCCUUACAGUGAAGUUGCUCGCAAUCCACUUGUAAGGGCUAUUAUCGACAGGAGUGUUGAUGACGGAGCUAUCUCCCAGGAGAAAUGGCUGAAAAUCCGUCAGGGUAUGCUGGGGGUAUACUGGAAGAUUCUCAAGGAGAAUCCCGGUCCAUCCCCGCAAAACGACGAUGCUGGCUGGUAUCAAGGCCAUGUAAAACUGCUAGCGUGUACCAAUGACCGCUCAGCUCUACUGCUAAAAUUAGCAAUUGCGUCCCUAGGGGAAUUGUGGCCUGGCGCGAAACUGGACGUGAUCCCGGUAAACGAGAUACCUCGUAGACCGAGAUCAGUCACAGUUAUUCCGGCGGAGCCACAUGAACCUGAGGAGAUUCUGGCAUACAUUCAGAGCGGUAAUCCCGAUCUACCAACCCAUAACUGGAAGGUGGUUAAGGUUUCCGCUCCUGAAGGUGCGCAUAGAAAGGUGGUCGUAGUCCUUAACAAGGAAUCCUUGGCGCCACUACGUGAGAGGCAAAGCAAGAUUUACUAUGGUUUCGAUAGUAUCAAGCUGCGCAUCUACCGUGGUGACGACAAGCUCGACCCCGAAACUUCUGGUGUUAAACUGGAAGCUCCGCAGGAUAUGGACUGCAAAAUUAAACUGGACGACCCCGCAAGCUCUGAGGACAAAAUGGAGACCCAAUCACACUCCAGUAUGGUUGGGGACCUAUUCUGCGCUCUGGGUGAUGUGGAGGAUGAAGAUGUUCUUCUGGAAUCAGACCCAGAAGACAUCGACGUUACGGUCAUAUAUGAUCCAGACCAUGGUGAAGGCGAUCCAAGUGAACCUUCACCACUCUAAGGCAGCUUCGGCUGCCCUGCUCCUCCACAUUGCUAAAUAUGGGGAGGACAUUGCGUUGGUCCAGGAGCCGUGGAUACACAAUGGCGAAAUUCGUGGACUCAACGCCAAAAAGUACAAACUUUUGUACAUAAGACGCACAGCGAUGAAGAUACAGUAGCUGCUGCUUGGGAGACAGGUGCAGGUAAGGUGUGGCUGCUCUCGAGCUAUAUGGCGCACGACCAGGUUGAACCACCACCGAAUAACCUGGUAUCUAAUAUGAUGCGUGCCGCAAAUAGGGCCAGAACUCCUGUAAUUAUCGGAGCUGAUGCAAAUGCUCACCACACAAUCUGGGGUAGCUCAGAUAGAAACGAACGAGGUAACACAAAAGGACCAUUGAUGGACCCAUGUGAGCUGCUCUUUCUAUCUUCCUUAUUUCGUGGCUGCCUGGAAAACCUAACCUAACCUAACCUA